AUGUUAGCUAGACUAGACUCGUUGAAACUAGACUCGUUGUUUGGAAUCCGGUACGAUGAGAUUAGCAAAUCACGCCGCAAGUACAAAGUUUUGAGAUUUGGUACAACUUGUCUUGGAAACGUUCGGUGUGAAAUCUACUACAUCAACCCUUCUAAGGAUGAUGUUACAAUGCCUAUCACUAUCAACACGGAGUGGGAUAUAGAGUUUUAUGCACGUGGCGCGUCUUUGAAUGGAAAUACUUAUUGGUUUGCUCAGCAGCUGCUUCCACAUCCGGUUGACAUAUCAGAGGUCCCAGAUUACUUGAUCUGUUAUGAUUUUACCACAGAGAGAUUUGGACAGCCUCUGAGUCUACCGUUUCACUCUUACGCCGAGGACACUGUGAGUCUCUCUAGUGUUAGGGAUGAGCAGCUUGCUGUGUUGUAUCAGCACCAGUUUACGUUACGUAUGGAGAUAUGGAUUACCACUAAGAUUGAUCCUCAAGUGGUAUCGUGGAGCAAAUCUUACAUGUUAGCCGUGGAUAUGGAACCACUCAUUGGUCAACAUCAGUUUUAUGUCGUGUUUGCGAGUUUCUUUGUUGACGAGGAGAAGAAAGUCGCCGUGGUUCUUGAUCUUGCUCGACCUCACAGUGGGUCGUCAUUGGAGAGGGUAGCUUAUAUCGUUGGGGAGGAUGGAUAUUUCAAAAAAGAGGAGUUAAUAGGAGGAGGAUCUGACAACACUUAUCAUGGCCCACAUGUGUGCUCUUUUGUCCCUAAGUUUAGCGCAAAUCAAACGAGGCGGCAAAAGGAAGAAAACCCACUUUGUUAA